AUGAGCACCGGGAGGCUGGAGGCGUCAAGUGGUCGAUUUUAUAAUGCGUAUCUGAAGGCAUCGUCGUACCGGACGUGGUUUAUGCUUGGGAUUCUCAUUGCUUGUUCGCAGAGCUUAGGUGUUAUUGAGAAGCUCUGGGUUCGGCAAUGGGGUCAAGCAUACGGCGAUGGUGCCGAGCUAGGUCCACACAUCAUGGCACCCUCUGUGUUGACCGAGAAUGAGGCGCUGAAUGAAACGGCUACGUACCCUACCAUGACCAUCGACACUACUCGAACAACUACUUCCAUGUUAAUGCCUCUGGCAUCAGCCCCUCACGUUGCCUGA